AUGGCCAUGGCGGCUCCAGAAAGAUCUCCGCCGUAUCUGGCGGCCAUUGACCUGAGCAGCUACUCUGGACUGGAUCAGAUCGCAAGCUCCAAACAACUCGCAUACGCCGGCGGACUCGUCGCUCAAGUGACGACUUCGAAUGUAGACACAGCAUUGGGUCUGCUCAAAGAUACUGUCGGCCGUUACUCGGUGUAUCUGGACGUUUCGGCGAUCGAAUCGCAGCAGGAUGUCAUUGAUCUGCUGGAUGCUGGCGCCGCGAAAGUGUUCGUUAGUAGCCAGCAAGCAGUUAUCCUCAAGGACGUCCCGAACCUCGAUCUCAGUCGCAUCGUAUAUCACCCUACCGCUUCCGUGGGAGACGCAGCCAGUGCCCUUGAGGGCACGACCUUUGGACUCUUCCUACAAAACGUCGGCAGCGUGAAUGCUGUGAGCACAAUUCUACAAGAGCUUGGCAAGAACCGACCACCUGUAUACGUCUCCAAGACAUCGAUCACGGAGCAGGAGGCAGUCGAAUUGUGCAAGCAAGACGCUGUCCCAAUCAUUCCUGCGCAACUGCUCUCGAUCAAUGCCGAGCCGGCGGCGGAUCAAAUCCGUGUCGCCCCUCUUCUACUUGCUCAGGCGAAGAGCGAUCGACCAGACGGACUCCUCACCACUUUGGUCACAGACGAGCGUGGAGUUGCACUGGGACUGGUAUACAGCAAUGAGGAAAGCGUUGCAGAGAGCCUACGUUCUGGGCGCGGUGUAUAUCACAGCAGAAAGCGUGGAUUAUGGCGGAAAGGCGAUACAAGUGGAGAUUGGCAAGAGCUUGUGCGCAUAGAGGCGGACUGCGACCAGGACUGUCUCUGCUUCACUGUAAGACAACAGGGUCACGGAUUCUGUCACCUUCAGACGGCGACAUGCUUUGGCCAGUAUCGAGGACUGUCCAAACUACAAAAGACUCUGCAAAGCCGAAAGCGAUCAGCACCUGAGGGAUCAUAUACCGCGCGCCUUUUCAGCGACUCCAAAAUGCUCAGUGCCAAAAUUAUGGAGGAAGCCGCAGAGCUUUGUGAAGCACAGUCGAAGGAGGAUAUUGCAGCGGAAGCUGCUGACGUGCUCUACUUCGCUCUGACAAAAGCGACUGCGGCUGGUGUCUCGCUUGAGGACAUCGAACGAAAUCUGGACGCGAAGAGCGUCAAGGUGAAACGGCGGAAGGGCGAUGCGAAGGGUCCGUACGCGGAGAAGUUCGGCGUCAAUCGCUCAGCAGCCACGAAUGGCGCGACCAAGCAGGAGGUCAAGGAAGCCGAGUCGAAGCCAAAGAGCAAAGAUGAUCCAGCCGGCCUGACCAAAGACGGCCGCAUUCAGAUGCACCGAUAUGUGACUGCCCAAGAAUCCCCUGAAACGAUCCAGGAAGCCCUAAAGAGACCUUCGCAACGCUCGACCGAGAAGAUCAUGGGCAUCGUCAACCCGAUCAUCAAAGAUGUUCGUGAGCGUGGCGAUAGAGCUCUACUGGAAUACACGCACAAGUUCGAAAAGGCCACGUCGUUAACUUCACCUGUUCUGAAAGCUCCCUUCCCAGAGAGCUUAAUGCAGCUCCCACCAGAGACGGUCGAAGCAAUCGACGUAUCGUACGAAAACAUUCGCAAGUUCCAUGCAGCCCAGAAGGAAGACCGACCUCUAGAGGUGGAGACCAUGCCAGGUGUGGUAUGCUCGCGCUUCGCACGGCCAAUCGAAAGCGUGGGUCUGUACGUCCCGGGUGGCACAGCAGUGCUGCCCUCCACUGCGCUUAUGCUCGGAGUACCAGCCAUGGUAGCAGGCUGCAAGCGCAUAGUCAUCGCAUCACCACCCCGCUCCGAUGGCAAGCUGACGCCAGAAAUUGUCUACGUCGCACACAAGGUCGGAGCCGAGAGUAUUGUGCUUGCAGGUGGUGGACAGGCUGUUGCGGCCAUGGCAUACGGAACCGAAAACGUGAGCAAGGUCGACAAAAUACUCGGUCCCGGCAAUCAGUUCGUUACAGCCGCGAAGAUGAUUGUUAGUAAUGAUACGACUGCCAAUGUUAGCAUCGAUAUGCCUGCUGGACCUUCUGAGGUCCUAGUCAUUGCGGAUAAAACGGCGAAUCCGGCUUUUGUGGCUUCUGAUUUGCUCUCGCAGGCAGAGCACGGAGUGGACUCACAGGUCGUGUGCAUCGCGGUGGACUUGGACGAGUCGCAGGUGAAGGCCAUUGAAGAUGAACUGCACAAGCAAGCCAUGGCUCUUCCUCGUGUCGAUAUGGUCCGCGGCGCCAUCGAACACUCUGUCAUGCUUGUUGUGAAAGACCUCGGCGAAGCAAUGCACCUGAGCAACCAGUAUGCGCCAGAGCACCUGAUUUUGCAAGUUGAAGACCCCCUCGCGGUGCGCGAGAUGGUCCAAAACGCCGGCUCCGUAUUCUGUGGUCAAUGGACUCCUGAAAGCGUGGGCGACUACUCGGCUGGAGUAAACCACAGUUUACCCACGUACGGCUACGCAAAGCAAUACUCUGGCGUCAACCUGGGCAGUUACGUCAAGCACAUCACGAGUUCGAAUUUGACUGCAGAGGGGUUGAAGAACGUCGGAAAGGCCGUGAUGCAGCUUGCGAAGGUAGAAGAGCUAGAAGCACACCGACGGGCCGUUGAGAUCAGACUGGAGCAUAUGAUGAAGGCUUAG